AUGGACGUCUCUGACAGCACGGUGCCAGGUCUGUCAGGGGUGCAGUGCAGGUCUGGGGUGCUGACCCUGAGCCCGUUGGUGGAGGCAGCCGGACCGGACUUUUCCAGUGUCCGAGAGGUGGUUUCAUUGUUUGGGGUCCAAUCUGCCAGGCUGGUGCAGCACUUCCUGGACCUGGUGAGGGAGAGGAUGACAGCUGGGGAGGGGCAUCUCCUGCAGCUGUGGUCCAUGGAGGAUCGCCUGCCUGACCCAGCGGACCCUUUCCCAGACAUCCACCUGGAUCCUGACUUCACUGACAGUAGUGGUCCUCUGCUACGCAGCACAGACCCAAAGAUAGACUUGUGCAGAACGGGUCCUAAAGUUCUGCUCUCUGGACUCAUCGGGGUGGUGUCAUGGAAGAGGCCUCUGUCCCUCGUGCCUCCUCCUCUGUCUCGCCUCCUGCAGGAGCUGCUGUUCAGCGUCUGUGCUCUGAACGUCAUCUCCACCAUCGUGUGUGCCCUCGCCACGGCCAUGUGCUGCAUGCAGAUGGUGUCAACCGAUGUGCUGCAGAUGUUUAUGCCGCACAGAGCUCGAGCCUUACAUGCUGAGUGUGUGACUCCACACGGCACCAUCCUCCAUCAAACCCUGGACUUUGACGAGUUCGUCCCCCCCAUCCCUCCACCUCCGUACUACCCCCCAGAGUACACCUGCACCCCAUCAAUGGAUGGACAGAGAGGUCUACAUCUGGACUUCCCCCACUCUCCCUUCAGUGCCAUCUACGGGGUGCCUAUAAACAGUCCAGGGACCCUUUAUCCAACGGACCUGCCCCCUCCAUACGAGUCUGUGGUGGGCCAGACCCCUGCCAGCCAGGUGACCACCAGCGUGGAGCAGCCGGCCACUGGGUCCAGACGCACCGCUGCAGGGCUCAGCGCGCAGGCCUCGGUGGACAGUGCCUCGCUGAUGGUGUCGGAGGUGGUGGAUCAGGACCAGACCUGCUCCUCAGAGGAUCUGUGCUCCCUGGAGGUGCAGGGUUCUGACUCCUCUCCAUUCGGCACGCUGCAGGCGGCCCCCACCGACGGGAGCUGCACCAGUUUGGAACUUUACACCCGUGCCUCCUCCCAUCGUGGUUUUCCUAACGAUGAUGCUCGCCCCAGUGACACGGGUUACAGCGAGUCCUCGCACACCCAGGACUCCCUGGAGCGCUCGCCAGACUGGUCCUCGGAGAACUUUAGUAAUCUAGACCAGGAGGACUCGACGGAGAACGCACAUCCAUGUGAGGAACUCAGGGCUGCCGUGCACAUUUGUGACGAGCUGGCCUCAGCCAAACAUUUACCGGAGGAGCCGCAGAAAGCGCCGGCACAUUCUCUGAUCAAAGCACGAAUGAUGAGCAGGAAGCUCACCCUCCCCGUCACUCUCCCCCCACCGCCACAGCCUUGCUCCCCCACCUCUGUGGCCUCCUCUGGUGGAACUUCAGCCAUCAGCCCAAUGGCCCCCUCCCCUUCCCCGUCCCCUCCUGCCAGGCCACGAGGCCCCAGGCUGUGCUUCAGCGUUUGGUCACCCUCCUCAUCAUCACAGCCCCCAUCUUCCUUGAGCCAAAGUGGCCCGUCCCCCUCAGAGAGGCCUCGGACUUUCAGAGCAGCCAGGAGGUACCGCAAACUGGCCCGCAUCGUCCGGUCCACCAGUGACCCCAUCUCCUGCUCCACAGGAAGACAAACUCAUGUUUGCAGCUCUGCCAAUAACCCAGCUGCUGAAGCUUACACUCGUGCAUCUCCAGAACAUGAGACGAGAGACAUUUCAGCAGAAGUAGUUGGAGCCAAACCCACUCGUGCGCUCGUCUCAAAGCAGCAGAAGGACGGGAGGAAAGUUGACAUCCACCUCAAACCCCGCCCUCCGUACACGCACGCCCCCCAUGAGCCCCCGCACUCCCUGGCUGACCUGAAGAUGUACAAAGACACCAAAAUACUAGUGGCCAAAUUCCUGGAGCACUCGAGCUGCAGUCUACCUCCUGAAGUCCAGCAGGUUGUCAACAGCAUCAAGUGUGUCAUUAAAUCUGACGAGAAACACAUGGAGGAGGCCAUCUUCAGUGCCAACGUCAUCGACCAGGUGAUGACUCAGCACAUCAUGGGCAGUCCCAGGAACCGUGACCAUGAGGAUCUCCAUCUACAGAGCUGCGGUGCUUUGAGUUCAUCCCCGUCCCCGUCUGUGUGCCGAUCAAAACACCUCCCUGAAGAACACAGCUCCUCCACCGACCCACAGGGCUCCCCCCGCUCUGAACACCGCCUCGAGUGCAAAGAAACGAUUCUCUGACCAGUCUCCAGCAAGGACUGGGUUCUCCU